CCCCCUCCCUCACCCUUCCAAAGUCUCGCUCCACCUCCCGUCCACUCUCUGAAGACUCGAUCCGCCUCCUUCCCUUGCCUUCACCCGUCUGUGAUGCAGUGAAAGAAAAUGUCACACAGUGCGGGAGCCAGCCUUCAGAGUGGAUGGGAGGCGGAGCGAGACUUAGAUAAUGUAAGGGAGGGUGAGAGAGACUCCAGGUAGUGUAUACGAAGGGGAGGAGACUUUGGUAAUGCAGAGGGGGGGGUGCAAAAAUGGAGAGGAGUCCUGUGAAGAAAAAAAGGAAAGAACUACAUCCCAGCUGUGACAUGACCAUAGCAAGAAGAAAUAAAGGGGGCAUCUUUGAGCUUCUGGAAGGACCCACGGGGCAACUUGAAAGUGCAGAAGAGCAAGCCUUCAGGUUUUCAGCAAGUGUUAUCAACAGAAACCGAACAUUGUUGCCAAAUACAACAUUAACCUAUGAUAUUCAGAGAAUUAAUCUGUAUGACAGUUUUGAAGCAAAUCGGAAAGCCUGUGACCAGCUUGCUCUUGGAGUAGUUGCCAUCUUUGGCCCAUCUCACAGCUCCUCAUCAAACGCAGUUCAGUCUAUCUGCAACGCACUGGAAGUGCCACACAUCCAGGUCCGAUGGAAACACCACCCACUAGAUAACAGGGACUCAUUCUAUGUUAACCUGUACCCAGACUAUGCUUCUCUGAGCCACGCUAUACUGGACCUGGUUCAGUUCCUCAAAUGGAGGUCAGCUACAGUUGUGUAUGAUGACAGCACAGGCCUUAUUCGUCUACAGGAGCUCAUCAUGGCCCCUGCCAGGUACAAUAUCCGCCUGAAAAUUCGCCAACUUCCCCCAGAGUCUGAAGAUGCUCGUCCUCUUCUUAAAGAGAUGAAGCGAGGCAGGGAAUUCAGAAUAAUUUUUGACUGCGGUCAUACUAUGGCCGCUCAAAUACUCAGACAGGCUAUGGCAAUGGGUAUGAUGACAGAAUACUACCACUACAUAUUUACUACCCUGGACCUUCAUGCUUUGGAUCUGGAGCCAUACCGCUAUUCAGGAGUAAAUCUGACUGGUUUCCGUGUUCUAAAUGUAGAUAAUCCUUAUGUCAGCACCAUUAUAGACAAGUGGUCAAUGGAAAAACACCAAGUAACUACUAAGCCGGAGUCUGGAAUUCUGAACGGAAUAAUGACGACAGAUGCUGCUCUGACAUACGAUGCAGUUCAUAUUGUGUCUGUUUGCUACCAGAGGGCCCCACAGAUGACCGUCAACUCUUUGCAAUGCCACAGACACAAAGCCUGGAGGUUUGGUAGCCGUUUCAUGAACUUUAUUAAAGAGGCCCAGUGGGAAGGGCUGACCGGACGAAUCGUUUUCAAUAAAACCAGUGGACUUAGAACAGAUUUUGAUCUGGAUAUCAUCAGUUUGAAGGAAGAUGGCCUGGAAAAGGUUGGAACAUGGAACCCUUCUGAUGGACUGAAUAUCACAGAAGUUGCCAGAGGGCGGGGACCAAACAUCAGUGAGUCAUUGACUAACCGCACACUCAUGGUCACUACAGUGUUGGAGGAGCCUUAUGUGAUGUUCAAGAGGUCAGACACUCCUUUAUUUGGCAAAGACCGGUUUGAGGGCUUUUGCAUUGAUCUGCUGAAGAAGAUAGCUGAAAUACUUGGAUUCGAUUAUGACAUACGACUAGUAGACGAUGGCAAAUAUGGAUCCCAAGAUGAGAAGGGCCAAUGGAAUGGCUUAGUCAAGGAACUCAUUGACCAUAAAGCUGACCUUGCUGUGGCUCCACUCACCAUAACCCACAUCAGGGAGAAAGUAAUAGAUUUCUCCAAGCCAUUCAUGACCCUGGGGAUAAGUAUCCUGUACCGGAAAGCCAAUGGAACAGCCCCAAGUGUCUUUUCUUUCCUGAACCCACUGUCACCUGACAUUUGGAUGUACAUCCUCCUUGCAUACCUUGGUGUGAGCUGUGUACUGUUUGUCAUUGCCAGGUUUAGUCCAUAUGAAUGGUAUGACGCUCACCCGUGCAAUCCAGGAACUGAUGUGGUAGAAAACAAUUUCACUCUGCUCAACAGCUUUUGGUUUGCCGUUGGAGCAUUAAUGCAGCAAGGGUCCGAGUUGAUGCCAAAAGCUCUGUCCACAAGGAUUAUUGGUGGUAUCUGGUGGUUUUUUACUCUAAUCAUUAUUUCAUCCUACACGGCCAACCUUGCUGCCUUUCUUACUGUGGAGAGAAUGGAAUCUGCCAUUGAUUCAGCAGAUGACUUGGCAAAACAGACAAAGAUAGAGUAUGGAGCUGUUAUAGAUGGAGCCACCAUGAAUUUCUUUAAGAAAUCUCACAUCUCGACCUUUGAGAAGAUGUGGGCGUUCAUGAGCAGCAGGCCGUCGUCGCUUGUUAAAAGUAACGAGGAAGGCAUCCAGCGAGUCCUUUCAGCCGACUAUGCGCUGCUAAUGGAAUCAACAGCAAUUGAAUAUAUAACUCAAAGGAACUGCAACCUUACUCAAAUUGGAGGGCUCAUAGAUUCCAAAGGCUAUGGAAUUGGAACACCCAUGGGUUCGCCAUAUCGAGACAGGAUCAGUAUUGCUAUCCUCCAACUCCAGGAAGCUGAUGAGAUUCACAGAAUGAAAGAAAGAUGGUGGCGAGCUGGUGGCUGCCCAGAGGAGAAAAAUAAAGAGGCCAGUGCUCUUGGAAUUCAAAACAUGGGGGGCAUUUUUAUUGUGUUAGCAGGUGGACUUAUCCUCUCGGUAGUGGUGGCCAUGGCAGAGUUUGUGUACAAGCUUAGACCCGAGUAUGAUAAAUCUCGA